GUAACGAUGUCCGGAAGAGGAAAAGGCGGCAAAGGUCUUGGAAAAGGAGGCGCUAAGCGUCACCGCAAAGUUCUCCGUGAUAACAUCCAGGGUAUUACUAAACCCGCCAUCCGCCGUUUGGCUCGCCGUGGCGGUGUAAAGCGUAUUUCCGGCUUGAUCUACGAGGAGACCCGCGGUGUGCUCAAGGUUUUCCUUGAGAACGUCAUCCGUGAUGCCGUCACCUACACCGAGCACGCCAAGAGAAAGACCGUCACCGCAAUGGACGUGGUGUACGCUCUGAAACGCCAGGGACGCACCCUGUACGGAUUCGGGGGUUAAACGUUCAGACCUCAACGCUAACACAA